AUGGGGAACCAAAUGGAGACACACAAUACAGAAAAUGUCAAUGACUUCAUUGUUGAUCUUUCGCAUGUGAAGUUAGUGAACUGGAUAUUUAAGACACACCCAGAAACUGCAGUGAAAGUUAAAUUGCAAAACCAACAACUCAGGACAACAUGCAUGAAUCUUCUCGUGGGCAUCAUUCAGAAACUUUACCACAAGCCUCUGCAUGAUCUCUCCGAGUCAGAAUUAAGCAAAGUUUCCGAGGAUUUGUCUGAUCUGACUAAAGUCGGUUUUGAUCUGCAGUGGUUAAGUUCGAAGCUUGGGAAGGUUUGCUUGGACAGGAAGAACCACCAUGCCUCUGAGGCUCGGAUUGGGGAAAUUGAACAACAAGUCAAGAAACUUGAGGUGAUGAGGUCUGAUCUCAAAGCUGAUUUGGAAGAGGAGAAGACCAAGUUGAAGAGGCUAUAG